AUGGUUCUCUUUGAUUUCAAGUCAAACAACCAUUUUGUUACCUCCAAUGACAGUACUACCCUCAGAGUCUGGGAGUUGAGAAGUUCUACUAUUCAUCCUUCCCAUAUCCGAAAGACUCACUGGAAGGAAGUUGGCAACAUCAUUGUCAAUAGUGACGUUGAUAAAGACGACAACUCGGGGGAAGAGCAAUACUACGACGGCUUGUUGUUUUUUGAUGGCCAUGGGAAGAUCGAGGCACAUGAUGCCCUGACCAAGCUAGCACAACACCUCGCUUGGUCGGGUCUGAUGGUCAGCCCUGGAGGCUACUGCUUCCAGAACAUGACUGAGUUGGGAGAGAAUAAAGACUUUGGGAUUCAGUACUAUCUUCGAUUGAACGAUCUUUUUAAUUGGCCUCAUCAUGGUGUUCACUUGGCGAGGAUCAGCACCUGGCAGCGCUUGGAGUUGGAGUACAUGGUGCCAAGGCAAAAGAAAAUAUCAAAGCUACCGAUGCUGGGCGGGGUGAGUAAAGAGAAGUACGAGGAGAUGAAAAGGAUGUUGAACAUGAAGGAUGAGCAGCUGGAGAAGGUAGCUAAUGAAAUGGAAGAAGAAAUACAAAAGUUGGGGGAUGAAAAGGAUGAAGAGCUACACAAACUUAGAGAAGAGAUGGAAGGGGUCAUUAAAAAGAUGGUGAGAGAGAAGGAUGAGGAGUUAUGGAAACAGAGGGAGGAGAUGGAAGAAGAAAUACAAAAGGUGUGUGAUAAAAAAAAUGGAGAACUACAAAAGCUAAAAGAGGAGAUGGAUGAAGUGUGUGAAAAUCAGGAGGAGGAGUUACAAAAGUUGAGAAAGGAAAAGGAUGAGGAGCGGCUAAAGCUAUUGAAGAAAAAAGAUGGUGCGCAAAAAAUGCUCGAAAGUGCAAGUAAUGAAUUGCAAAAGCUGAGGAAGGAAAAGACCGAGGAAUUGCGAAAGCUAAGAGGAGAAAUGCAAGAAAAGAUUGAAAAGAUGAGAAAGGAAAAAGAAGAAGAAGUGGAAAAUCUAGAGAAGAGGGAGGAGGAGAUCUUACAGAGGUUGAGAGAUAAAGAUGACGGACUUGAAAUUCCAAUGGUGGAGAAGAUCAACACACUAGAAAUGUUGUGUAAAGAAAAAGAUGAGGCAUUUCAGAAGCUUCUCGAGAAGAAAGAUGGUGGAUUACAACCGCUUGGAAAAGGGAAGGAAGUUGGAGUGGCACUGGAAAAAUUGCAGAAAGAGAAGAACGAGGAAAUGCAAAGUCUGAGACGAGAGAUGAAUGAGGAGCUGGAAAGUUUAAGAAGGGAGAAGGAUGCAGAGUUGAAGGCGAAAAAUAAUGAAUCGGAGAUGUUGAAAAGGAUACAGGAUGAGGGAACAAAGAUGAACAAAGAGCAUGAGGAGGAACUAACAAAAUUGAGAGAGGAAGUAGAAAGUCUAAGAAGGCCUAAAGAUGAAGAAGCAAGUCAAGCAAUGAAAGAGCAUGAAGAGAUGAAAAAAGGGGUAGAAAAUGAGCAAAAGGAUAAAGAAAAAGCAUUGCAAAGUCCGAUGAAUGAACAUGAUGUCGAGUUCGAAAAGCUAAGGAACGAGCACGAAAAAAUGUUAAAAGAGUUGGAGCAACGUAUCAAACAAUCAUGGAUGCCGCUGCCAACGACACGAUACGUCUUUAGUGACCCCGGCCAUAAAAUGAAAAGACGGGCGGUGCCACUGAAUACUUGGUGUACCGAAGGUGGGUUCACCUAUAUUUAUGACCAAAAUCUCAUGGGGGGCUCCUUACCCUUCCCCCGAUCAUGUCAUCGUAUUGAAGUCGUGGAUGAAGAGAACCAAGAUUGGCCGGCUCCGCUAAAGAUUCAUGUAUCUUGUGGGUACAAUGACUCAUUAGACCAAAACAACUGGUGGUUUGUGAAGAUGUUACUAGCGAAUGGCAGUCUGACGAUGUUGGCAUAUUACGACGGGAAUCGAAGCUGUCUUACUGGCUAUCAAGGUAUCCCUACCCGAAUUCCAUUCCGUAGAGACACUAUUGUUCACACAAACACACAAUUCCUUUUGGUUCCUUUGUUUGGCGGAUACACGCUUGGUUUCUUGUAUCGGGACUGA